AUGGAUAUUCUUUGUGAAGAAAACACUUCUUUGAGCUCAAGUGCAAACUCCUUAAUGCCACCGAGUGAUGGCACAAAGCUCUACAGUUACAGCUGUAACUCUGGGGAAGCUAACACUUCAGAUGCCUUUAACUGGACAGUGGACUCGGAAAAUCGAACCAACCUGUCCUGCGAGGGCUGCCUCUCGCCGCCCUGCUUCCUCCUUCACCUCCAGGAGAAGAACUGGUCCGCCCUGCUCACGGCCGUGGUGAUCAUUCUCACCAUCGCGGGAAACAUACUCGUCAUCAUGGCUGUGUCCCUAGAGAAAAAGCUGCAGAACGCCACCAACUACUUCCUGAUGUCACUUGCCAUAGCUGAUAUGCUGCUGGGUUUCCUUGUCAUGCCCGUAUCCAUGUUAACCAUCCUCUAUGGUUACCGGUGGCCGCUGCCCAGCAAGCUCUGCGCGGUCUGGAUUUACCUGGACGUGCUCUUCUCCACGGCCUCCAUCAUGCACCUCUGCGCCAUCUCGCUGGACCGCUACGUCGCCAUCCAGAACCCCAUCCAUCACAGCCGCUUCAAUUCCAGAACGAAGGCGUUCCUGAAAAUCAUCGCUGUGUGGACCAUCUCCGUAGGUAUCUCCAUGCCAAUUCCAGUCUUCGGGCUGCAGGACGACUCCAAGGUCUUCAAAGAAGGGAGCUGCCUCCUCGCCGACGACAACUUCGUCCUGAUCGGCUCCUUCGUGUCAUUCUUCAUCCCGCUGACCAUCAUGGUGAUCACCUACUUUCUGACGAUCAAGUCGCUCCAGAAGGAGGCCACCCUGUGCGGGAGUGACGCGGGCGCGCGGGCCAAGCUGGCCUCGUUCAGCUUCCUGCCGCAGAGCUCGCUGUCGUCGGAGAAGCUCUUCCAGCGGGCGGCGCCGCGGGAGCCGGGCGCCUACGGCAGGAGGACCAUGCAGUCCAUCAGCAACGAGCAGAAGGCCUGCAAGGUGCUGGGCAUCGUCUUCUUCCUCUUCGUGGUGAUGUGGUGCCCCUUCUUCAUCACCAACAUCCUGGCCGUCAUCUGCAAGGAGUCCUGCAACGAGGACGUCAUGGCCGGCCUGCUCAACGUGUUCGUUUGGAUCGGCUACCUGUCCUCGGCCGUCAACCCGCUGGUGUACACGCUGUUCAACAAGACCUACCGGGCGGCCUUCUCGCGGUACAUCCAGUGCCAGUACAAGGAAAACAAAAAACCGCUGCAGUUGAUUUUGGUGAACACUAUCCCGGCCUUGGCCUACAAGUCGAGUCAGCUCCCCAGGGGACGCAAACACAGUUCAAAGACAGACGCCCAGACGACAGAGAACGACUGCACCAUGGUUCCUCUGGGAAAGCAGAACCAGGCAGCUGCGCGCACGGACCUCGUCAGCACAGUGAACGAGAAGGUUAGCUGUGUGUGA